AUGAGUUCCUCCCCCGACAAUGGCACCCCGCCGUACGCCAGCAUGGCCGGCAAGCUGGAUCCCCAGCUGCUGAAAGCCAUCGAUGCGAUGGGCUUCACGUCCAUGACGCCGGUGCAGCACCGCGUCCUGACUGAGCUCCCCACCUGGCGCAGCGACUGCCUCGUGCAGGCUAAGACCGGCACGGGCAAGACCCUGGCCUUCCUGCUCCCCGCGCUCCACAGCCUGCUGCACGGCCACGCGCCGCCCCCAGGCCAAGUCGGCAUCCUCAUCGUGACGCCGACGCGCGAGCUUGCCCAGCAGAUCGCCGUGUCGUGCGACCAGCUCACGGCGACGCUCGCCCAACGUCUGGAGUGCCACAUCGCUGUGGGCGGCACCGCGCGCGCCUCCGCCCUCUCGCGCUUCCUCAAGGGCUCGCCCUCCAUCCUCGUCGCCACCCCCGGCCGUCUCAAGGACUACCUGUCCGAGGCGGCGCCCGCGCGCAAACUCGCUCACAUCCGCACCCUCGUCCUCGACGAGGCCGACACCAUGCUCGACAGCGGCUUCCUCGCCGACAUCCGCGCCAUCCUGCAGCUCAUCCCCUCCAAGGCCAGCGCCAAAUGGCAAGGCAUGUGCUUCUCCGCGACGGUCCCGCCUCGCGUCCGCGACGUCGUCAACGUCGUCCUCAACCCGGGCUACCACACCCUCUGCACAAUCUCCAAGGACGAAGCUCCCACCCACGAGCGCGUCCCGCAAUACCACAUGCCAAUCGACAACGUCGGGUCGACCUUCAACACCCUCGCCGCGCUCCUCGAGCGCGAAGCCCGCACCAACGCGAAGAUCAUCGUCUUCGGCGUAACGGCCAACCUCGUCGCACUCAUGGCCCGCGCCUUCUCCCAAGGCCUCACCACCCUCCCCGUCUUCGAGAUCCACUCGCGCCUCAACCAGAGCGCGCGCACGCGCACAACCACCCAAUUCAAGGACGCCCGCGCCGGCGUGCUCUUCGCCUCCGACGUCAUCGGCCGCGGCAUGGACUUCCCGAACGUGGACCUGGUCAUCCAAGUCGGUAUCCCGGCCUCCGGCGAGCAAUACGUUCACCGCGUGGGUCGCACAGCGCGCGCCGGCUCCGACGGCCGCGCCAUCGUGCUCCUCACCGAGCCGGAAUCCUUCUUCCUGCGCAACAACCGCCACCUGCCCAUCAAGCCUUAUCCCGAGGCCGACGCCGUGCACGCCACCGCGGCUACCCCCAAGGUCCGCAACGGUGUCGCCUCGUCGAUGCACCGCGUCGAGGAGUCCACCAAGCAGCGCGCGUACUCGUCCUACGUCGGGUUCCUGGCUGGCUCGGGCUUCCUGAAGCCGCUGCGGCUGGAUAAGCCCGGUCUGGUGCAGGUUGCGAACGAGCUCGCUGUGAAGGGUAUGGCGUGUCCUGAGCCGCCUGUCAUGGACCGGAAGGUCGUCGGCAAGAUGGGCAUGAAGGGCAUUCCUGGGUUCAACUACGGGAGUGGUGCGCGCGACUUGGACGGCGAUGGUCUGGCCCCGCGGUCUGGUCGUGGCGGUGCGAGAAACAAGACUCGCGAUGCGUUGAGCCCUGGUGCCGGGAGAGAUGCGCGUGGUGGGAUUGAGAAGUCUGGUGGGCGUGGGCGUGGUGGUGGUCGCGGGCGGGGAGGCCGCGGUAGAGGACGCGGCGCGCCUCGCAGGGGGGCUUGA